AUGCUGCCUCCUGUGAAACCGAUUCUCUUCACUCCGGGUCCGCUGAUGACUUCGGAGACGGUGAAGAAGGCCAUGCUGACUGACUAUGCCAGUCGCGAUAUUCGCUUCAUGCAAGCAGUGAAGUUUAUCCGCGAGGAACUUAUAUCUAUUUCUGGAUUAAACCCUAAAGAGUGGACGUGCAUUCUGCAGCAGGGUUCGGGGUCGAUGGGCGUUGAGGCAGCCAUCUCCACCGUUUUCCCGCGCACAGGUGGCAAGUUCUUGCUCGUCAACUCUGGCAAGUACUCGGAGAAGCAGGCGUAUGUGAUAAAUAGGUUCAAGUUCCCAAUGGUGGAGCUGAAGCUCGGUGAAGGCAAGGAGCUGCAGAUGAGUGCGCUGGAAUCUGUCAUCCGCGCCAACCCAGACGUCACAACCGUGGGCCUCGUCCACCACGAGACUAGCACCGGUAUGCUCUACCCAGCGGAGCAAAUAGCCGAGGUGGUGCGCCGCGAGUUGCCCCACGCCAAAAUUAUCAUUGACGGCAUCAGCGCCUUUGGCGGUAUCCCGUGCGACUACGAAAAGGCGUGCGACGUGCUAGUUACUGCACCGAACAAAUGUCUGCACAGCGUGCCUGGAAUCUCCAUCAUCCUGGCCCGCCGCUCGCUCAUCGAAGCUGCGAAGGGGUGCGCUCGUGGUGCCACACUUGACCUUAGCAUGCAGCUGAAAUCGUUCGAUGCGAGCGGUCAGUUUGCCGUCACGCCACCGGUCCACGUUGUGAUGGCGCUGCAACAGGCACUCGUAGAGUACAAGCAGGACGGCGGCUUGGCAGGCAGGCAGAAGACGUACCAGGCGAAGGCACAGCUGGUGCGCAAAGCUGUGAAAGAGAUGGGCUUCACGCUUUUCUUGGACGAACGGAAGCCGAGCUGCGCCAACAUUGUGGUGUGUGUCAACAUGCCAACUGAUCCGCGCUGGAACUUCAAGAAGUUCUACACCUACCUCAACGAUCGUGGUCUCAUCAUCUAUCCUGGCAAGGCGUCGUAUGCCGAGACGUUUCGUUUUGGCAUCGUUGGACACACUUUGCUUACCAACUGUGACUGUCUCAUGAAGUGCGCCAAAGAGGCUCUCCAGUCCAUGGGUAUUGACCACCUCCAAGCAAAGAGCAACAUGUAA